AGGAAGGUGUUUAUGGGGACAUAAUGGGUGAUAUUCUGAUGUUACAAAAAAAGUAUUGCAGUACGGACGAUCCUAUUUUGGCAUCGAACUCAGCCGUAGGUGAUCCAAAUAUUGUGAGUAGCAAAGGUGCUCCAAAGAAAAAAAAGAAUGACAUAAAAGCUAUUAGGCGAUGUUCUAAAUGCAAUAGUAGAACUCAUAAUGCAAGGAGUUGUUUGGUUGCGGAAAACGCGCCAUCUGAACAAAAUGUUGUUAUGACGUCGCGGCCAGUAACUGAUUCAUUCAGCCAAGUUGUGAAGAACAAGAAUGGAAAAAGAGGUCGCAUUGGGGGAAGUAGUGUGCAAAAUAAAUGUACGGAACCACCGAACUCUCGUGGCGCUAAUGUGACGGCGACUUCUCGCGCGGAAGUUGGAAGCACAAGCAUACCCAUGCCUGCAGUGUAUGGAUUGCACCCCGUGUUGCCAGUGGUACAACCGGUGCAGCAUCCAAUGCACUUACAACCGGUAAUCCCAUUAUAUCCAACGACAGUUGCAGAAAAUUCGGGUUCGUGUUUCGGUAGGCUACAACGACCGAUGAACAAUGGUGGUACUUGAACGAGCAAAGAAGUAGCUGUAAUUUGACCAGGCAUGGAUUUGGAGGUGAUUUUUAUUGGAUGGAUGAACAAUGGGCUGAGUAUUUAGGUAAUUACGUUUACGAUGAGGUUGAACAGAAUGUCGAUCUCAGUGACAUUGAAAGUGAUGAAGGUGAAGAAGAGAUGGAUGAAAAUUUUGGUGAUCCCAUGGUCGAAGAAAAUGGCAUUUCAUUCAAUUAUCGUGUCACUGCUGCUUGUGUAAGAGGAAAAAAUGUUUUCCACUUUCCAUCUAAUGUUGCUGACAACUGGUUAUUGCCGUUGCAAACUGAGAUAGACAUUGUCGAUGUUCAUACCGAUGCUGUUUACCCAUGUGUGUUGAAGACUGGUAGGAGGCCAGGGGAGAGAUAUCUUUGCUUAGGUUGGUAUGAGUAUGUUAAAGCAACUCGUCUGAGGGCUGGUGAUGUUCUUGAGUGCACUGUGGCAGAUCCUCCUACAAGAAUGUUUGUUCGUUUUAUGAUGUAAUACGAAUAAUUUUAGGCGUAUAAUUAAACUUGGUUGAAGAUGGAAAGUAAUUUUCUUUGAUGUUUUGUUAAGUAGUUGGUAUGUAGUUUGUUUUGAUGUUGUCUGUUUUGGUGUUGGAAUGAAUCAAAUGUCGAGUUUCA